GUUAUAAAUUUAGAAUUUUAUUUAAUUUUAUUUUUCGGGUCCGUUUGUCUUCCUCGUCCGUUGUAAUCCGUACAAAAAUUGUAACAAUCUUAAGGUAGUAGUGAUAUCCGUGCUCAAUGGCGGGUAUGGACGGAUUCGGUUUUGACGCUCACACCGGAAACGGGAGUAGUUCCGAGACUCCGGUGGUGAACAUUUCGGCUGGAUUGGGUGGCUCUGUUGGGCAGACCACUCCGAUCAACAUUCCUUUCGGAUCGAGUGCGGCCAUGGGGUCCACUCCGAUCACUGCCUUCAUUGGAUCGAGCGCGACUAUGGGGUUUGCUCCGGUCACCUCGGUUAUUGGACCAACCGCGACUACGGCCGCAAUGGUCACCCCACUCGGACCGAAUAUGGCUUCGGCCAUACCGGUCAUUCCCUCACUUGGACCGAACGCGGGUGUUUUCACAUCCGCACCGGUCGGACAUCCUACUGUUAUGCUGCCUGCGAACUCUGUCAAAGAACCGACGAAGUUCACAGGUGUUGGCUUUAAAACAUGGCAGCAAAGGAUAUUAUUUUGGCUGACCACCCUCAACCUUGCGAGAACCAGGCGCGUGUCCCACGACCAAAGUGGCCACAAUCAUGAGAACAGAACGGCGUUUGGUUGGAAUCUGUGUAUGGUAUACUAUCGUUUACACAAGCGGCAGUACAGUUCAAAGACAUCGCGUUCUACUGAACAGCCAGUAAAGAAGUGUGGCAAGGAUAGGGGCAAUGGGAAUGAAACAGCAAAAACCAGUGAUGUUAAUGUCCUUGAGGUUUCUGUUGUAGGGGAGACUGUGUUUGAUGCUCAUAAAAGUCCCUCUCUUGAUUCUAAGGACAAGCUUGAACUUGAUGCAAAGCAAUUGCAUUCAAACUUACUUCCGAACGCAUAUAAUGGAGAGGCACCUUCUGAAACAUCUUCUGAUCCCCAAAUUAGCAUCCUGCCCAGACAAGAUCUUUCACAAGAGGUGUUAGAAUCAAAUCAAAAUGAGGAGGCUUCCCAACGAUAUAAUAUUCAAUACCCCCCACUUCCAAGAGUGCUUUUAUCCCCAUUUGCUGCUGAAUUCAUCCCCUUAAUGCCCAACCCUUAUGCUGCUCUUUUUAAUCAUGCGGAAGUCCUCGGGAAAAACAGCUCUCUUAAGGAUGAUGAAUUUGACAAGAUUGAUGAUGGGAACAAGGUACUCUACAACAAUGCAUUAGAAGAAAUCAGGGAAGAAAGAGAAGGGCCAAUUUUGUACACGCACUCGGAAGGAGAAGACAAGGCCUUCAAUGACAACAUCCUUAAACCUAUACAAAUAGAUUACUCCAGGAUGUUCAAAACACCUUUUGACUUGGGAAGAGAUUACAAGGGAAGGCACAUCUACUCCCCUUCGCAAAUAGUUACCAGAAACCACUCCGACCAACAUUCCUUUCGGAUCGAGUGCGGCCAUGGGGUCCACUCCAAUCACCGCCUUCGUUGGAUCGAGCGCGACUAUGGGGUCCGCUCCGGUCACCUCGGUUAUUGGACCAACCGCGGCUACGGCCGCAAUGGUCACCCCACUCGGACCAAAUAUGGCUUCGGCCAUACCGGUUAUUCUCUCACUUGGACCGAACACGGGUGUCUUCACAUCCGCACCGGUCUGACAUCCUACUGUCAUGCUACCUGCGAACUCUGUCAAAGAACUGGCAAAGUUCACAGCAGAGCUGCAUCCGCAAAGGAGUUAUGGACUACACUGUCCAACAAAUACCAGGCCGAGGACGCCGGUGCAAAGAAAUUUGUUGUCGGUAAGGAUGAGUUCCGGAGCUAUCUCAAGCUCAAACGGAAAGAGAUGACUUUAGAACAGUUGCUUGUUCGUCUCCAGAUCCGUGAAGAGGGUCUCACUCGCGAGAAGAAAGUAGCUGUUGCUAAGGCCAAUGUGGUGGAGCAUCCACCCAAAGAGGGUUCUUCCAAAGGGCCCAAGCCAAAUAAGGACAAGAAGAAGAUUGGUCCUAAAGGAGGCGUCGCGAAGACUAAGUUCGCGGGGAAAUGCUACAACUGGGGCAUUACAGGCCACCGUUCUUCAGAGUGCCGCAAAAAGCCUCAGAAGAAGAAGCAGAAGAAGGAAGAAGCUCUCUGCUCGAAGCUAGAUGCCAUGGACCUUUGUGCUGUCGUGAUAGAGGUCAACCUGGUCGAAUCUAACCCGAAAGAGUGGUGGGUUGACACUGGAGCCACUCACCAGAGAAUCGUUUUACAGGGUCAGAGCGAGAAAGCAUCUUCAUGGCCUAGCAAGAACACCCGAUUUAGAUUCAGAAUUCUAAAUAAGUGUGGCAAGGAUAGGGGCAAUGGGAAUGAAACAGCAAAAACCAGUGAUGUUAAUGUCCUUGAGGUUUCUGUUGUAGGGGAGACUGUGUUUGAUGCUCAUAAAAGUCCCUCUCUUGAUUCUAAGGACAAGCUUGAACUUGAUGCAAAGCAAUUGCAUUCAAACUUACUUCCGAACGCAUAUAAUGGAGAGGCACCUUCUGAAACAUCUUCUGAUCCCCAAAUUAGCAUCCUGCCCAGACAAGAUCUUUCACAAGAGCCCAGCAGGAAGACGGCCCAGCCCAACUUCGCCAAGGCCCACUUGGCGGGACCAAGACAAAAGACCAGUGAAGAGCGCCUCGGCAGUACCGUGCACUCGGCCCCGGCAGGGUCGGCCAUCCUCGGAGCAACCAAGGCCGGCCUUCUGUCCAGAGGUUUCCGAAGACAGAUAGAGAUGAAGCCGAGGACAGCGAUCAAAGCCCAGGCCUUGGCAGAUUUCAUGGUGGAAUGCACGGCAAGAGACAACAACCUCAUACCAACGGAGGAGCAGGGCGAGUGGUGGACUUUGUCUACUGAUGCAUCAUCAGCUGAAAAGGCUUGCGGUGGGGGCGUGGUAAUCCAAUCACCUGAAGGAUUCCGCUCCUAUCAUGCAAUAAAAUUCCAAUUCAGAGUGUCCAACAACGAAGCCGAGUAUGAGGCGUUGCUGAGUGGCCUGAGGCUCAUCCUCAACCUGAAGGCGGAGUACGUCAGGAUUAGGUGCGAUUCACGCCUGGUCGUCAAUCAAAUCAAAGGAGAGUUCGACACCAAGGAGGAACGGAUGCGUCUAUACAAGGAAGCGGCCAUGGAAUUGCUCAAAAUUCUUAAAGGAUACGAGCUUCUCGUCUCUGUUAUCAUCGAGGAAGCCAGCGGCUGGAUCGCAGAGUUGAUCCGAUACAAGAAGGAUGGGAUUCUCCCCGGCGAUGAGACGACGGCCCGUUUAAUCAAACGGAGGGCACCGACCUAUGUCAUUGAGAAUGGCCGACUAUACAAGAGAUCAUAUAAUGGCACAUUUCUAAGGUGUGUUGACGAGGCCCGAGCGGGGCAGAUCAUGGAAGAAGUCCACGAAGGAGACUGUGCCAAGCGUGCCAAGCGAUGCAAAGUGUGCCAAAUAUUCCAGAUCGUUCCGGGAAGACUGAGAACCACCUAUCAUCCCAUCAGCUCGUCGAUCCCUUUUGCUCAUUGGGGGAUAGACCUUAUAGGACUAAUGCCGAGGGCACCUGGCAAUUUCCGAUGGAUCAUUGUGGCCGUCGAUAACUUCACAAAGUGGAUUGAGGCCGAACCCCUGGUAGGGGGAACUUCGGAACAGUGCUCGAAAUUUGUGAACAACAACAUACUCUACCGGUAUGGUGUCCCAAAGCAGAUCACCACAGACAACGGGACCCAAUUUGAAGCUGGAGAUUUCAAUGAACUUUUGGGAGAUUGGAGGAUAAGGCACACCUAUAGCUCUGUGGCUUACCCGCAAGGGAACGGCCAAGUCGAGAACGCCAAUCGAACAAUCAUGGACGGGAUCAUGAAGAGGCUUGAAUCCUACAAGGGAGCGUGGGUAGACCAACUCCCCAACGUGCUGUGGGCAUACCGUACCACUCCGAGGAAGGCGACUGGAGAAACGCCGUUUUCCAUGUGCUACGGCCAGGAAGCGAGAGCGCCCUCGGAGGUGUUCAUCCCAACAUGGAGAGAAGAGAAUUAUGAAGAUAAGGAAAACGAGGAGACCAUGGCGGCCGAUCUCAAUUUCAUUGAAGAGCGCCGGGAGCAAGCUUUCCUCAGAGCAGAGAACUACCGAAGGCAAGUCAAAGAGUAUUACGACCGCAAGGUCAGAGCAAGGGAAUUCCGAGUAGGGGACUUGGUACUCAGGAAAAGGGAAGCCAGUCAGCCUACAGAAGGGGGAAAGUUUGCCAAAAGCUAAGAAGGACCAUACAGGGUCACAACUGUGCUCAGGCCAGGCACCUACAAGCUCUCCACGCUUGAAGGACGCGAACUCGGCAGGCACUGGAACACGCACAAUCUUAUUUCAUUCUACAUGUAAGGCGCUGAGAACCGUAACCAGUCGGCCUCGGUAGCUAUAAAAAAAAUCUCUUACUUAAUGAAAUACUCGCUUCCACGCGAAUUCUGUUUUGCUUUACGCAAUUUAUAGACGCUGCUUAGCGUUACCGGGCUCCCACGCCAUGAUUUUUUGGCCUCACGCGGUCUUUCGCUUUACGCGAACUAAGUCCCUUU